CCCAAAUGUAAACAUGAAGAUUACUCAGCAGUUAUUAGGUACAAGCUUCAGGUUAGGGUAAUGGAUACUACUGGAUCUGUUUCCCUAUUGCUCUGGGACCGUGAAACCAUGUUUCUCAUAGGCAAAUCCGCAAAAGAAUUGAAGGAAGGGUUUCUUGAGGAACCUGACUUCAAUAAUAAUCAAGUCUUGGAUGGAGAGAAGGAAUGCGAGGAUUCCACUGAAGAUAACGACUUAACCGAUAUUGCACAUACACCUGCCAAGAUAGGUAUAACUAAUGCCGCAACAAUGGUUGAAGAAGAUCCGAAUGCACAAUUGUCAGGAAAUAAAAUCAAAAGAGUAUUUAAGAAGAAGAAAACAACAUAA